CUACAUUGCAAAUCUCUGUCUCAUACAAACAAAAAAUCAACAACAAUGAAGUGCCUAAAGGUUUUUUUGGUGUUGGUAAUGCUAAUGGCUUUGGCUACAACUCUUUUAGCAACACCUACAGAAGAAGAGGUGUUUAUUGAUGGUGAUGAUGAAGAUUCUCAAACUGAUAAUUUUGAUGCAUCUCUCCCUGAAAGCGAAGAAGUACUGCCAGCAUCUCUUCGAGGGACUGGACGUUUUCUUGCCCAAACACCGCGCGUGACAAUGACAUGCAACAAGUACCCUAGAGUAUGUCGCGCCAAGGGCAGUCCGGGGCCAGAUUGCUGCAAAAAGAAAUGUGUGAAUGUGAAGACAGACAGACUCAAUUGCGGCAUGUGUGGGAAGAAAUGCAAGUACUCGGAGAUAUGUUGCAACGGUGUGUGUGUGAACCCAUUGUCCAACAAGAAGCACUGUGGAGGGUGCAACAUUAAGUGCAAGAAAGGGAGCUCAUGUGUAUAUGGAAUGUGCAGCUAUGCCUAGAAAUGAUAUAUACACUUAGAAAUUAGAAUUGUUUUGUUAGAGCUAUAGGGAGUCCAUUUAAUUUGCAUGUCAAUGUCGGUAGCUACUAAAGGAAAGCCAUCACAGCAAUUUGAUGGGCUUUGCUGAUGAUUUAUUAUUCUUUCGAUUAGUUUAUGUAGUCGCAGUCAAAAUCGCUUUGUUCUUUUA